CAGGAAAACACAUUAAAGCAUCAUGUCGGUCUUAUGGAUUCAAUUUCGGCCUCCUUAAUUUCGUCGUCGCUGCAUUGCGCGGGAAGGUUGUCCUUCGUCGUCGUCGCCAGAGAAGAAAAAUUGUCAACGGCGGGAUUGGAAAGGGUCAAAUGCUCCUGUCAAGUGUCCUGUGCUUCUUUGCAUUGCCAACUGAAAAACAGUUCGUCCAUUUGUUUAUCGACGCGAAAAUUUGAAGAAACAUUGGGAGUGCUCUGGAUUUGGAGCUUCAAUGGGGAUAAAGGGUUUAACGAAAUUAUUAGCGGAAAAAGCACCCAAGGCGAUGAAAGAGCAGAAAUUAGAGAGCUACGCGGGCCGGGAAAUAGCCAUUGAUGCAAGCAUGAGCAUCUAUCAAUUCCUCAUUGUUGUUGGAAGACGAGGUACCGAAGUACUGACGAAUGAAGCUGGUGAAGUGACUAGUCAUUUGCAAGGGAUGCUAACCAGGACAGUCAGAUUUCUGGAAGCUGGAAUAAAGCCAAUCUAUGUUUUUGAUGGGAAACCGCCUGAUCUUAAGGACCGGGAGAUUACAAAUAGAUUCUCAAGAAGAGCAGAUGCACUUAAAAACCUAGAUGAUGCUCUGAAGACUGGAAACAAGGAAGAUAUUGAAAAAUUCAGUAAAAGGACAGUAAUGAUGACAGAGCAACACAGUGAAGACUGCAAAAGGCUUCUUAGACUUAUGGGAGUACCUGUGGUUGAGGCUCCCGGUGAAGCAGAAGCACAGUGUGCUGCACUUUGCAAAGCAAACAAAGCUUAUGCAGUCUCCUCAGAGGACAUGGAUUCCCUAGCUUUUGGAGCUCUACGAUUUCUCCGAAACCUGAGCAGCCCUAUUAACAAACAGAUUCCCGUAUGGGAUUAUGAAAUCUCAAAGGUUCUGGAGGAAUUGAACCUCACCAUGGAUCAAUUUAUAGAUCUUUGCAUUCUUGCUGGUUGUGAUUACUGUGAGAGCAUAAGAGGUAUUGGAGGACACACUGCUUUGAAACUUCUUCAUCGGCAUGGAUCUAUCGACACUAUUCUGGAGAACAUAGAUACAGAAAGAUAUCAAGUACCUGACGAUUGGCCGUAUGAAGAGGCUCGAAGACUCUUUAAACAACCGCUGGUUUUAGCUGACGAUCAUAAACUUAACCUAAAUUGGACAGCUCCAGAUGAAGAAGGAUUGAUAAGCUUUUUGGUAAAAGAAAAUUCAUUCAGAGUUGAUAGAAUAACUAAGGCAAUUGAGAAGAUUGAGGCAGCAAAGAACAAGUUCUUGUCCCAUGGCAGGUUGGAGCCAUUCCCCAAUCCAGUUGUUAGCAUACAUUCUAAAGGAAAGGGAAGUCGAUUUGUUCUUGCAGUUAGAAAUCCGAUAAGCAUGGUUGAUAAGCAACAGUCCAUCAAAAUAAGGUUGCAUUCUCGGCCUAAGGCUACCGGCAGCAUUUUUGUAGCCCCAUUUUGCAGAAGCUUAUGUUGUGGCAUUGGUGCAUGAACAUGAAGCGUGCUUCAUCAGUGAGAAUGGUACGUCUGUAUUUUCAGAAGUAACUAUGGUUUAUUAGGGGAUUAAAUGCAGGUCAAUAUUAUGCAGACAUUUUCAAACGAAUGGUUAUUAAUUAGGGAUAAAUUUCUUAUAUUGUGUUAUAGUUAUUUUGAUUUAUUUUUACGACAUAAGGUAAAUAAAAUAUUU